UUUAAGGGUUUGGAAUCUAUGCGAAGUGUUUAGGUUUGGUGAGAUUCUGGUCGGUUCUUCGGAUAGAAUUGAAUUUUGGGGAUUGUAUAUGUUGGUUGAGGAGAUUUUCCAUAUGUCUAAUUCAAUUGAUUUUCUGGAAUUAGAAGGAAAAAUGAAGCAAUCCAAGGAUCCAUUUGAAGUGGCAUUUGAGGAAUCAUCACCACCUGAUUCACCUGUUGAGGAGCUUGUUGGUGGACAAAUCGAAGAUGAAGAUGAUGCCAAUGUCAAUGUUCAUCCCACAUCAACACCCUCUGCUGCUCCAUCUAGUGGAACCACAGUACCACCCACUGCAAAGUCCAAAGAUGAAGAUGAGGAAGAAGAGGAGGAGAACAUGGAUGUGGAGCUUGGAAAGCUCCCAACAUCUGGUGAUCCUCAUAAAAUGGCCAAGAUGCAGUAUGUUUUCUCCUUUUUUGGUUCCCCCCUCUUUCAUUGUCCAUUAUUCCUUGCAUAUGAUUUUGUCAUCCUGUUGCGCAGACUAUUUUAUUUUCCAUUGCAAGAAAUGAGGCCCUGAAAGUCCACCUUAGACGUACAAUGGGUAGUACUAGUAAAUGGUUCAUAUGUCAGAUUUAAUGCUGCAUUUUAGUCUUUCACAAAAGAGAAAUAUUUUGAAUUUCAUUUGGAAAUCUA